CCGCCGAGGGAGAAGGUGCUAAAGGUGGUGAAUGUGACAGAGGAGGCUGUCUGGCCUGGCACUGGCCGCAGGACGGCGUGUUCGCAGAGACAGAGAGCGCGCCGGAGGCUCUUUGGCUGGUCGAGCGUCAACUGCUGGGAGUUCAGUGCCGCACGGGUUGGCCACAACGGCCGAGUACGUAUAUUCCUCUCGUUCGCCGUGAGAACGAGAACCGAUGACCGUGUCGUUGGCCGAUGAUCGCGCCGGACUCUUUCGUGGCGGCUGAGUUGGGUAAAGCGGGGACGAGCAAUGAGGCAGCUGGGAAGGCGAUAAGUAGACGCAAAGAGAGCCCAGAGGGUGAAGAGGAUGCUGUCGCCCCAAGAUAUGAUGACCUCGCAGUCGAAAAUGAUCUACCAGAUCAACAAGUACUACGCGGAGCGCGUUCAGGCCAGGAUGGGCCAAGUGCAGAAGACCAUACGGGAGGUCUGCAAAGUCGUGCAGGAUGUACUGAAGGAGGUCGAGGUCCAGGAGCCGCGGUUCAUAUCAUCGCUGACUGAGUGCAACGGUCGCUACGAAGGUCUCGAGGUGAUCUCGCCGGGGGAGUUCGAGGUCGUGCUCUAUCUCAAUCAGAUGGGCGUCUUCAACUUCGUCGACGACGGCACGCUGCCAGGAUGCGCCGUCCUCAAGUUGAGCGACGGGCGCAAGAGGUCCAUGUCACUCUGGGUAGAGUUCAUCACGGCCUCGGGUUACCUGUCCGCCCGGAAGAUCCGCUCCAGGUUCCAGACCCUGGUGGCUCAGGCCUGCGACAAGUGCGCAUAUCGCGACUCGGUCAAGAUGAUCGCCGACACCACCGAGGUCAAGCUCAGGAUACGCGAACGGUACGUGGUCCAGAUCACACCGGCGUUCAAGUGCUCCGGCGUUUGGCCCAGGUCCGCUGCCCACUGGCCUAUCCCCCACAUUCCCUGGCCUCAUCCGAACCUGGUCGCUGAGGUCAAGACCGAAGGCUUCGACCUGCUCUCGAAGGAGAGCGUCGCUCUUCAGGGCAAGCAGUCCGCGAUGGAGGGCGACGCCUGGGUCCUCUCCUUCACGGAGGCCGAGACCAGGCUGCUCCAGGGUGGCUGCAGGAGACGCUGUCUCAGCAUCCUCAAAACUCUACGGGACAGGCACCUGGACCUACCUGGCAAUCCCGUCAGCAGCUAUCACAUGAAGACUCUUCUUCUUUACGAGUGCGAGAAGCAUCCCUUGGAGGCGGAGUGGGAGGACGUCUGCCUGGGUAAUCGUAUCAAUGGGAUAUUCCUCCAGCUGAUAUCUUGUCUUCAGUGUCGUCGCUGUCCCCACUACUUUCUACCGAAUCUGGACCUCUUCAAAGGGAAGACGACGGGCGGCUUGGAAAAUGCUGCUAAGCAAGUCUGGAGGCUUACUAGGGAAUUGCUCACCAACAGUCGGGCCCUUGAAAAACUCUAGUGACUUUUUUCGUUAUAAUGAUCUCUCGCUCGACGACGAUCGUCAUCCUCUUGUUAUCAACCUCGUCGUAUUUCUGCCUACUGACUGGAUCAGCUAACACGCACGCUUGGCGCAUAAAGCUUCUGCUUCUAUAAUAUAUUGCCAUGGGACUUUCAGUGCCUAAUUCGUCUAGUUACAUUCUAGGUAAUUCCCUAGUUCCUUUCUUUUUUUCGAGGUAUUACUUCUAACGCCACCUGACUCCCAUUCUGGUAUGUUAUCUAGGAUAUCUUUUAUCUACCCAGCACUGCUCUGGUCCCUCUGCUUUUCCUACCCGUUGAUCGAUGUGGAGCAAAAUGUGAUUUUUUUUUCAUUAUUCUCAUUGAUAUUAAUAUUUAUAACUCGCCUGGCAAAGCGACCAUCUUCAAUGUAGUCUAACUGCGUAUUGUUAAAUUGUACAUAGUUUUCUCUAUUAUUUAAAUGAUAUUUAUUUUAUAACUAAACGUUUCUACUCGAAGUAGAUUUAGAACUGUAAAUAAUAAAUGCGUUUAUUUGAAUUUACGCUAUACCCUA